AUGAAAGACGACAUUCUCAUAAACAGAUGUCAAGCUAAAAAAGAGAUGGAAUUUUACUACAAUGAAAUUGAAAAAACCAAGAAGCAUAAUGACAUUUGGCAAGAGAAAGUCAAAACUGUGCAACCAGAGUAUAAAGAAGUCAUGGGUCAACUGAAGACCAGUGAGAAGAAAAUAGAGGGAAUUAAAACAAUGGAAAUGAAAAUUCUUUUUGAAAAUUCUCGAGAAAAAGAAUUAGAAGAAUCCGAAAAGGAAGCCAGAAAAGUUUUGCUUUUCUUUAUGGAAAUUGAAGAAAAUGCCAGAAAAGUUUGGAAAGCUUCGAAAGAAAGAGUUGAAAUUGAAGAACUGGAAGAAAACACCCUAAGAAGACUUGAAGAAGUAAGGGUCGAAAGAGACAAUUUUGAAGCUGCAACCAAAAAAUUAAUUACUGACUUGGAAGCGGAAUAUACAGAAAAAUUAAAUAUGGUAAAAAUACUACAAGGAGAAAUCAAGCAGACAGUAGAUGAAAUUAAACGAAAAGUUGGAGAUGUAAGGCUAAUGCAGGACAACCAUGAAGAUGAAUGUAUUAAGAAAAAUGCUCUGAUCAAAGAAAAUGAAGAAAAAGCUGAUGAACAAGAGAGAAUCUUGAAUGAAAUCAGCACCAAAUUUGAAUCUUUAUCAAAUCCAUUUAAAGAGAUGGCAUUUCAAUACCAAGAAUGUCUUCAGAAAUAUUCCUCCAUUUACAGAAGACAUUCUCAACAGAAGUACAAAUUGAAUGAAUUGAAUAAAUCCAAAUCAAUAGCAGAAGUAGAGCUAAGGAUACUUUACAAGCAAAAGGGAAUUGAAAACUAUAAGCUGAAUAUUGAAGAAACUGUUCAGUACAACAAAAAUGAAAAGGAAUUGCAAAUAUCACUGAAAGAACUGCUCUUUCAAUUGAAAAAUGAGACCAUUUUAAGAAAAUUCCGUCAGGCCUAUCCUUCCUAA